CUCCAGCACACUGGCAACUCAUUGGCUGGAAAGGAGGAAGAUGGAAAGGCCUGUGGACUGGAGACUUCACUGGCACCCUCUUCUCUUGCUAACGUGAUUCACACAUUAUUGUUAUUUUACUCCCGAGUGCUGAUAUAGCUUUCUUUCGAGUCGGUGUGACCUAAAGACAGUGUUUUGUUGUGUCAGUUAAUUUAGUAUUUUAAUCAUACGAUGCCGGGCCUGUGGGGCUCUUCAGCCACUGAAGUCACCCCACUACUGUGCAACUGAGACCAUACCGAAGGUGUUGCCUGUGUGAAGGAUGCUCCAGCGAUGUCUGAUGUUGAGGUCACCUACGCAGACUUCAUCGCCUCUGGCCGGACAGGACGUAGGAACGCCCUGUAUGACAUACUGCAGAGUCCCACGGACCCUGAGGGCCGAGAGCUCCCCCUCACCCUGUCUCUGUCCCAGCUGCACAUCAAUGCGGGAGGGGGAGACGCCAACGACGCUGACGACAACCAAAGUUCGUCCUCCUCGGCUCAAAGAGAGGCGCAGCAGAGGAACAGCUGAUCUGUCGCACGCGCUCGCCGGUGGAUGGAUCCUCGCCCGUGUCGGCCUGGAACCCGCCCCUCACACCUGGCAGGUGGCUGGAGGCUAAAGGAGCUUUGAUACCCGUGCAUCACCACUGCCGCUGAGGUGACCAGUUGAGCAGCCAGUCACUCCACAACCUAAAAUCCAACAUGGAGGCCAUGAGGUGGAACAUGCACUUUCCUCUCCUGUCUUCUGUGCACUACAGCAGCAGACUUCAGAGUUCAAGUGAAACAAAAAAAAAAGGUGUAUUAAAGCAAAUUUUGUGACUUUAGCGCCGUGCCGAAAACACUGACGGGGUGACUAGAAAAGGGAGCUGGUUUAGUAGCCGUGCAAGCAAUUUGUGAGAGCGCUGAGACGUGCUAAUGUAAUGGAUGGCAGGGAGGCUAGCAUGUGUAUAGAGGUAGCGAUGCUGAUAGGGAUUAUAUUGCCAGUUAAUGGCGUGUGCUUCCUCCAAAUUGACAAUACAGUCGAGAAAAUUGGACUGCUGGGCUGUCAGCACAUUAGGUUUUGGAUCAAGGUUCAGCAUAUACUCUCAUGUACUCUUAUUUGCCUGUGUCUCAUUGUAAAACUAAACUCAGACCGUUUUAUAACACAAAUCAGCACCGUGUUCAUUGAAAUAUAGUCACUUCUCAAACCAACAAAAGGUUCAAUAUCAUUUACAGAAGUGGCAUAUUUACGUGUGAUCUGUGGUUUCGCUUCAGUGUGCGUAACACAUUGAAUUGUUGGGUGACAAUGUACGCUAGAUGAGCAGAACACGUCUCAUUCGACUAGAAAUAAACGUAAAACAUGUACAGUGGAUCCCCCGCACAUUUGUCAUUUGCCAAAUAAGCCGUUUUUUUCCACCAAGAACACUUUCCCGUUCCUCCUAAAUCGGUGAUAAUUUAUAAAUACCGGUACGUGGUAGUACGGGUAAAAUGCACAGCACACAUGUGCCAGUGUUUAACAACCCCUUUAUGCUUCACUGACAAUGUUUUUUUUGUCAAGCGUCGAGAUUUCCGACUUUGUUUGGUGGUCCUUGAAAGCACCACACUUUGGUUGCUGUGAUACUCAGGUUUGUUUGACAGUCGGCUUCGGUUUUUCAAAAAUACAUUCCUUAAUAAAUCAUGACUGUGUUUGUGGUUUUAGUUGUUUGUUUUUAAGAAAAUUUGACAUUUUUGGCAUAAAUUGAGAAUUUUCAAGCAUAAAAAUGACUGACAACUAAAUACUGACAAACACAUAAGGCAUUCAGAAAACACAUCAAAAGACAUGGUGUGUAGUAUUUAGGCCUGUCACGAUAACAAAUUUUGCUGGUUGAUGAUUGUGCUACAAAUUACCACCAAUAAUCGAAAUUAUCAACAUUUUUUGAGACCACGAAGGCUCUGCUGCACAUCCACACUGGAGCUGUGUGCCUUCAUUCAUAUUAGCUAACUGCUAGCACUCUGUGUAUCCAUGUCUGUGUAUCCGCUCACUAGUAGCCCCGCCUCCACAUACUGGGACAAAGAGGCUGAACGGCUGACAGGAGGGUUCACUCUCUCCGUUCAUUCAACUAUAGAACCAAUGCACACAGACACAUGCAGAGUGAACCCUGUUGUCAUCCAGCCUGCGUGGUACAGCGAGAUAAGGAAAAGGAACAGGCACAUAUGCAUGUCAAUUUAUCGAGGCUGUCAAAAUGCUCAACCUGUUUUUUUUUUUAUCAUUCGAUUUAUCAGUUAUCGUGACAGGCCUAGUAGUAUUCUACACUGGUCAAUAGGUGUCAGUAAUGUUACAUUUGCCACCGCAAGAAGUCCCGGAAGUAAAAAAAAAAAAAAAAAGAAGAAAAA